AUGAUGCAGUCAGGUCAGGGGAGCCACAGUCGGGCCAGGAGAUGCGGCUGACACACAGGCUGUGUUUCUCGGGCUGAUGACAGCCGUGUGAAUCAGCCUUUACCUCCCUUUCAGAUGUUGAUUGGAAUGCUUGUUGUAGCUGGAGCUAGUGCGAGUUGCGAUCCAGUCUCCCUCCACCUCGGCCGCUGGGAUACUCUGGUUCCUGGCAACCAAAGGUGCCCUUCAGAAGGAGAUCGGAGCACAUCUCAGACUAAUAAUACAGCUCUGGCAUCAGCGGGCAUUUCUGGUCGGCAUCUAAAGGCAAGGUAAGGAAUAUCUCCUUACACAUAUAACAUAGCAUCCCUUAAACCUAUAGAGCAAAUAAAGUCUCAUUUAUCCAAGUUUGAAGUUGCAUAAAAGUUGUAGUGUGCCGCACGCAUGUCAUAUCCCAGGUCCAUAGACUUGCACUACAGAUUAAACUGAUUGCCGGGCUUUUUAUGCAUCUACAUACAAUGUUACCAUGCAGCGCUCGCCCUGCAUUCAGACAUUCCCUGUUGAAAUCCAGAAAAACAAAUGAAGACAGUGGAUGAUGAGAAUAGAAGCAGUUGUUUAUUGACUCUGGUAUAAAAAAAAAAGAAAGAAGAGACAUUUAAUUUAUAUAUUUAAAAAGCACUUACCGAUCCUCCACUGGUUAAUCUCUGUUCUCAGGAGACUGCUAGACUAUAAUGUCAUAUAGUACAUGUCUGGAACCCUGCAGCUAGGAAGCCAUUCAUAAGACGCUUGUGGUGCACACAGCGGAGGUGACCAUUUUGUUAAAUACAGUAGCAACUGGACUAAUGUGUGAGAAUACAGCGUGCUGUGUGUGUAGCGUGCUGUGUCUAUUGUAUUGUCAGGAAUGUUGUCUCCAACAUGGAUGCCUCCACUGCGUGUCCAAGUGAAGGUCUUAAAAUGUAGCUCUGUUCUUGGACACGCUCAGGUUAAAGUAUCAUGUUGUGGCAAAUGACUUGAUUUUGCUCGCAUUGACGUGUCUUCUAAUCCAGUUCCAUCUUCAUUUCUCCAGGUUUCCCCAGGUCUCAUAGCAGGCGCUAGUGUCUCACUGCUGCCCCCUGCUGGUUCAGUGUCGGUAGAGAGCAAGUUCUGCCGUGAUGCUUUAAGGGUAGAGCUACACAGCGAUUUUGUCGCACACGCCCAUCUUGUGCCCAGGUAUUGCAGUGUAGAGGGCUGCCAUAGGAGUGAAUGAAAUCUCAGUGAAACUCACAUGUUUACUGCGACACUUGUAUCGCAAAAAAACAAUGUUGUUUUUUUCUUUUUCUUUUUUUUUGCAAUUCACGUGUCGCGGUUGCAGCAAAUUUGCGAGAUGCACUGCAACACCAUUCAUUCCUAUGGCAGCCCUCUACAGUGCGAUACUUGGGCGUUACACAUGCCGCUCUCAAAAUCGCUGUGUAGCCGUACCCGAAUUGAUGUGCAAGUCAACAUGGUGCUGAUAGAGAACAAGUGGAUUCCAGCAGAAUUCAGCGUAGACUCAGGUCAUAACUUACUACCGCCGGUCAGCCCUGGACGAUCCAGCAGAAGGAGGACGACCAGCCAGUGUAAGUCCGAGCCCCCUCUCCUUCGAACCAGCAAGAGGACCAUCUACACAGCAGGGCGACCACCGUGGUACAACGAGCAUGGGACACAAUCGAAGGAGGCUUUUGUGAUUGGUCUGGGUGGUGGUAGUGCGUCGGGUAAAACCACAGUUGCCCGGAUGAUCAUUGAAGCUCUGGAUGUUCCUUGGGUGGUCCUCUUGUCUAUGGACUCUUUCUACAAGGUGCUGACGGUAGAACAGCAAGCUCAGGCUGCCUGCAACGAAUAUAACUUUGACCACCCAGAUUCAUUUGACUUUGAACUGAUGAUCAGUACAUUGAAGAAGCUGAAACAGGGAAAGAGCGUGAAAAUCCCCACGUAUGACUUUACCACUCACAGCCGAACCAAAGAUUGGAAAACCCUUUAUGGAGCCAACGUGGUCAUAUUUGAAGGGAUCAUGGCGUUUGCACAUGCAGAGCUUCUGAAGCUGCUAGACAUGAAGAUUUUUGUAGACACUGAUUCCGAUAUUCGCCUUGUACGGAGACUGCGGAGGGACAUAUCAGAACGAGGCAGAGAUAUUGAGGGAGUCCUCAAGCAGUACCAUGCCUUUGUGAAACCUGCUUUUGACCAGUACAUACAGCCCACUAUGCGCCUCGCAGAUAUUGUGGUGCCAAGAGGUAGUGGUAAUACAGUGGCCAUUGAUUUGAUUGUGCAGCACGUACAUAGUCAGCUGGAGGAGAGGAAGCUCCGCUGGGACAUGGCGGCCUUGGCCUCUGCCCAUCAGUCACAGCCACUGCCAAGGACACUUUGCGUCUUAAAGGAAACACCUCAAGUAAGCGUCAUGCACACAAUUAUAAGGAACAAGGAGACAAGUCGGGAUGAAUUCAUUUUCUAUUCUCGCCGCCUCAUGAGACUUCUGAUAGAACAUGCACUUUCCUUUCUUCCAUUCAGGAGCUGCACUGUGCAAACCCCACAAGGACAUGACUACUAUGGACGGACGUAUGAUGGCAAACGGAUAACUGGAGUUUCUAUAUUGAGAGCUGGAGAGACAAUGGAACCUGCACUGAGAGCUGUAUGUAAGGACGUAAGGAUUGGAACCAUUCUCAUCCAGACUAAUCCUAGCACUGGGGAGCCAGAGCUGCAUUAUCUCAGACUCCCAAAGGAUAUUAGUGAGGACCACGUUAUUCUGAUGGAUUGUACAGUGUCCACUGGGGCUGCAGCCAUGAUGGCAGUUCGGGUACUACUGGACCAUGAGGUUCCAGAGGACAAGAUCUUCCUGCUGUCUCUGCUUAUGGCGGAACUGGGAGUGCACUCUGUGGCUUAUGCUUUCCCCAAUGUACGUAUCCUAACCACAGCGGUGGACAAGAAAGUCAACAACAUGUUUCGGAUCAUCCCUGGGAUUGGUAAUUUUGGCGAUCGGUAUUUUGGGACAGACGCCCCAGCAGACUGGAGUGAUGAGGACGAUCCUGUCUGAUAGGUCCUAACCUUCCUUAUUUACACUAUUGUUCUUUAUUGUGUCGCUGCGGACUAAAUCCUAUUUUUCAAGUAAUAAAAAUAUUUAAAAACUUU